AUGAGCGCUACUGAGCGCACACCCUUGCUGAGCGAUGUGUUCGGUCCGUCAAGCUCCGUGGACGACUUGCCCGGCAAACAGACUCGACUCAACUUGGCAGCGGCCUAUGGAGCUCUGCGCGCGGGCAAGCUCCCUUCACAGCAGCAACUCAACGCUGCCAUCGAUCUCGCUUUAACAUCUGACAUACUUGCGCAAUGGCCCAAGACAGGUCUGACGCAGUCCAAGGAAGCGCCACUGAGCAAGCAAGGACGGACAACGCUCAAAGACAUCAACGAUCUGCUCGAGGCGGUUAAGCACUGGUCAGCGACUUGCAACGGCGAGGAUCAGCUACAGAGGCUAUUGUACCAUCUGCCCAAGACAUCUGUACAGCUUCAAGUCAAUACCGCAGGCGCUGAAGUACCGCUGAGCGGACAAGAAGUCGUGGAUGAUUCGACAGAUGUCCUCAAAGCAAUACGCGCCGUCUUUGACUUGCUCUGGUCUACGCUCGUGUCUGAAGGCACAGACAUCGUCGCCGAUGUUGUCUUGCUCCUUCGUGAUCUGCUGGCGGAUGCUGUGGGCGGCGUCAAGGAAGUCGCGGCUGCAGUCGAAGACGAAAUUCGACCCACUGCCAAGCAAACAGACGACGAGAAGCGCCAGGCAGAGGAACGAGAUGGUGUGCUACAUGCAGAGAUCGAGCACGCUCAGUCGGUCACCGAGACGGGUCAGCAGAACAUCGCGCAUGUCACUUCGCGCGUCCAGAAGACCUUUAAUGAGGAGGCUCGAGAGGAAGCGCGCGAUUUAGCUGUUCAGCGCUUCCAAGGCAUUGUCAACCGCAUUCACGACAACGGCACUCUCCAAUCAUCUAUCAAGACUUUUGUCAAGAUCGUUCAAAAGUAUGCAGACAAGACGGUCGAAAUCCCCGAUCGGAUAGAAGAGGCUGCAAAGAGCACGGAACUGGAUGAUAAGAAUGAUCACAUCAAGUCGACCCUGGUAGCUCUUCGAGAGGCCCUCGAAGGACUCGCUGGUGGCAACUUCUCGCUUGACAAGGCUCAGCAGGCACUUGACGCUGUCAUCACUUCCAUCAGAAACGACGAUACUCUCAAGAAAUUGCUCGAUGAUAUGAACGAUUUUCUCAUCGCUUGCGUCAGCGACCGAGAAUUCGCAACAUCCGGCAAAGCUCGUCGCAAGACCGAGAUGCUAUACGAUCAAGCACAAGAUGCGCUCCAGAAAGAUCCUGUCUGGAAGGAACACGCUCAAGAGCUGCAAUACCAAUCUGAGCUGCUGUUCAAAGAGCUCAAAGAGGAGCCAACGCGGGCUCAGAUGCUCAGAGCCGCUCGCACGGUCCUCAAAGAUGUUGCCGACUCUGGCAAGCUGAGCCUACAGACCUUUCGAGGUCAGACGACGGGUCUCUACAAGGACGUGCUUAACUUGAUCCUGCCCCGCCUUCUUUCGCUCUUGACUCAGCUACCCGUGCCGAGCAGGACUGAGUACGUGAGCGAAUCGGUAGAGCUAGUGCUCGAUGAUCUCAUCAUCGAAGGCCUAUCGCUACUGCCAGACACGCUCUGGAUCCGCAACGAGACUUACAUACAGAUCGAUCGCCGGCCUCGACUGAAGGAGUUCCUCACACAAGCCUCUACGGCAACUCAUGUGCACCUUCACGGUGUGCAGCUGACAGCCAGAAAUAUAUCCUUCUUCGUUCGUCGCAAGAACGCUUGGUUCUUCAAGACUGAGCAGGGUUUGCUCGAGAUCACCUUGGGCAAACGCGGCAUCGGACUCGACGUUGAGGUCGAUGUGCCUGAAGAGGUCGUCUCAAACCUUGGCCAGCCAGAUGCUCUGUUCGAAGUCAAGAAGGUCAAUGUCAAGCUUUCGAGCGCAGAUAUUCGCCUGCGCCGGAGUCGUCACCGCAUCCUUGCGUGGCUCAUCAGACCAUUUGCGCGAUUCUAUCUCAAGCGCAGUCUGGGCUCUGCGCUGCAAGAGCAGAUCAAAUCCGCACUUGAGAGACUCAAUCACGAGUUGGCCGGCGUGCAAGCAGAAGCCAACAAGCGGAUCACAGGCCAAGGCGAAGGCGUUUUCUGGGCAUACAUGAGUGCACUGGCCAGCUCCGAUCCCGAGGCACCGCAACCGCCUCAGCAAGAGGCCGAGAGUCCCGAUCCUGACGACCAUUCCGGCUGGAAAGCGACUGCGAAGGGAGCUGUCAAGCUGGAUCACGAGGGCGAGGCCGUUCUCGCAAUUGGUGUUGACGAGCAGAUUGUCCACGGCGAGCAAGGCGCAUUACCAUCCGGCCAACGCAUCAAAGAGCAAGUCAGCGAGGCAGUGUCUGAAGCUGGCCGCAAAGUACGCGAUACCGCAAACGAGGCUUCUGAUGGGGUGAGAACAACGCAAGACGGUCUGGCGAGCGCGCGAGAAGAAGCAGACACUGCAAAGCAGCUCGUCGAGACGACGGAAAAGAAAGAGCUCAGGCGUAACGGCUGGCGCAGCAGCGCCUUUGACAUCUAA